CUCCAUGACGUCAUCGACAAGCCAGGGGUAUUCCUAUUCUCUAUUUCUUUGUCGAAUCACUCGUUUUACAAUCAGUUGACAAAAUGUACUCCAAGAUGCAUGAAGUCCUCCCCAAUGACUACUGGAUGGUUGUUGCUUCUGGAGUUGCCAGUCUGUUUGUAAAUUUCUGGCACAUGUCCAAGGUUGUUAAGGCUAGGAAGCUGCAUAAAGUCGAGUACCCAGCUCUGUACUCUCCUACCAAUAAUGAUUUCAACUGUGUACAAAGGGCUCACCAGAAUUACUUAGAGAACCAGCCACAGUUCCUCAUGAUUCUGUUCCUUGGUGGACUGCAGUAUCCUAAAAUCAGUGCAGCAGCUGGCAUGAUAUACCUGGCUGGCCGUGUUGCGUAUGCUAUUGGUUACAGCUCUGGAGACCCUAAAAAGCGUAUGCGUGGUGGGUUUGGCUACAUUGGCAUGUUUGCCCUUCUUGGCGCGUCAAUCUCAUUUGCAUAUCACCUUGGUAAAGCAAGUGGCUUUAGUGGUUUGUGCACGCCCAGCCAGAGUUAAAAUCCUAGCAAGCGUCGACGAGGAGCUUUCGGUUACAUCGGUAUCCUGACCCUUCUUGGCAAUACCGUCUCAUUGGCAUACCAUCUUGGCUCUCACAGCGGAUUAUUUGGACGUCCUUGUUGCUAGACAAGUAGUGUCAAGCACUUCAUCAAAAAGAACAACAAAAAACUUCGACAGAUUGUCUGGAAUUCUUAGAAAGUUGAUAUGCACUGAAGCAAGAGGGACACUGGAAGUUUAAACACGCUUUAGUAAAUUUCAAAUACACCCUAAAUUUGUAGCCGGAAAUUGCUCAUUGUUAACUCAGUAGUUGAACAAUUAACAACUUCAUUAGUUUACUGUAGUUCAUAUAUUACUUCCAGUCCACUGUGUCUCAUAGGACUAGGAUUUCACCCAGUACUAAAUGAAAUGGGCCCAAAAACUAUGAUUCAGUCUGAACACUCAGUGAUCUUUGAAAGAUAAGAAGUGGUAGUAUUUAAAUUGUAGGCAGGUGUGUAUCAUUCUGUUGUUUAUACAUGUACAACGCUUUAUGUAAAAUAAUUCCAAAAAUUUUAUUUGUAUUCGUAUCAAAUUAUGAUGUAGCAUUUUAUUGCAGAAAUCAAACCACCAAAGAUAGAACAGUUACCCAGGUAGACUCUCUGAACAUGUUUUAUUGCUUAAAAUCAGAAGAUAUUUGGAUCGUGUCUGCUUUGGUUACUAUUUGAGGAAGUGAGAAGCUUUGUCAGCCAUUCUGGAAUUUCAUAGGGUUUAAUUUGACAACUGCCUAGACCAACACUGUUCAUCUUUGGUGGCGUUUGAUUGUAUUCAUGUAUGUAGUAAUUUGUAGAAGUUUCAUUGAUAAAAUCAUAAAUCCAUGAUGUAUUCAUAAAAAACUAAACCUCAUCGAAAUAAUCUCUAAAAAAAUAUAUUUUUCGUCUUUGGAAAUCUGAACAGCCUGCAAAUAUCAUAUUUCAAUCAAAUUAAUUGUCCAAUAUAUAUAUACAAUCUGUGUUUCUGGACCUUAAAAUAUCAUUUCUGUCAUUGGAUAGAAUUGAUUUGUUAUGCGAGCACAGAUUUAUGUUGCUUUAAAAUUGUCCGUGACCUUUGCAUUUGAUACUUCAAUGAAAAGACAUCUUUGACUAUUGUGUCAGUAUCAUGUUCUAGGUCUUAUCAAUCUCGAAGUAUAAAAAUAAAACACAUCCAGCACACGGUAUAAAUAAGAAAAGCGGACUCAAUUAGCCAAUGCCUGCUUUCAUGGAUGUGCACUUGUUUUUGCUAGCAGGCCUGAAAUGAGUACAAUGGUGCCUGUGACCACUUUUACUUGGCACGAGAGAUCCAUGUAAAAUGAAUUAGUUGCCCAUGUGCUGAUGUAAACUUUACUUCUGUUGGCUGUAUUUUCUGUUCAAAAUAAAAGAUCAUUGACAUUAAAUAUCA